GUAAUUUUUAAAAUUUUCAACAAAAAAAAACAACGACAUUAGUCUGAAAAAAAUGUUGCCUGGUGUUGGUUUUUUUGGCACGGGUACAUUGGCCCAUUUGUUGAUCGAUCAACUACAGGAACAAGGUUUCCGUAUUGAAGGUAUUUGGUCACCAAAUCUGGAUGAUGCCCAACAGCUGAGUCGAAUGCGUUCAAUACCAUUUUAUUCAACGAUAAUUGAUAAAGUAUUAUUAUUGCCAUCAGUACAAUUGAUUGUCACUGCUUGUCCACCACAUUAUCAUAAUCAAAUUGCAUCGAAAGCAUGUGGUAUUGGUAAACAUGUUAUUUGUGAUUGGCCACCAUCACAUUCAUUGAAAGAUACCAUAAGGAUGCGUAAAGCUGCUUCAAAUUAUCCGGCAUUGAUAACAUUAUUUUUAACUGGUUUACGUUUCGUACCAACAUUCAAUAUAAUGCGUAGAUUGAUUAUUGAUGAUAAUUAUCUUGGCCAUAUUCGUCUAAUAAAUGCAACAGUUAUGUGUGAUGUUAUUUCUGUUUAUAAAGAAAAAUCAAUAAUCUGGGAUAAACAUAUGGGAGGUGGAUUAUUGUCAUUAUAUGGCACAAACAUUAUAGACAUAAUUAGUUUCCUAACUGAUUAUCGUGCACAUCGUGUACAUGGAAUGAUUCAUUGUUUUAAACAGCUUAGUCAAAAUGCAAUUCGUUUCAAUACAACAGAAGAUUUUGUCAAUUUUCAAAUGGAAUUACAUCCAUUGAUUGAUGGCAAUAAUAAAACAAAAUUAUUGACAGCAAUUAAAGAUGAUCCAAUUAUUGCCAAUAUACAGCUUAAUGGCCAUCAUUUAAAUUGUCAACCGAAACAUGAAAUUUAUGUUUAUGGCACAAAUGGCUAUCUUGUCUGUCGUGAUGGUGAUCUUUAUGCAUUUAGAACAAACAAUAAUAAUGAUAAUGAUGAUUCGAAUGGAAUAAUGACCACUACUACUACUACUACUACUAAUGCAUUACAGCAACCAUUAUUGAAUGAUAAUAAUAAUGUUUUUGGACAUGAAACGUUAUUAUAUAAAUUACAAGAUAUGCCAUCAACGACGAUGAAACAUUAUUUUUCAUAUGAAACAUAUAAUGUUUAUCCAAAAAUCUAUCUAAUCGGCAUACGAUUAAUGAUACAAGCAUUGAAAAAUGCAUUUCAUGGAACAACAACAACAACAACAACCAUCAAUAAUCAUCAUUUGAUUUCAUCAUCAACAUCAACAUCAAUGAUGAAUGAUAAUAAUUCAAUUGUCAUUUCGAAUGGUGGAUUAAACCAUGAUAAUAAUAAUCAACAAGAAGAAAGAUCAGAAAAUGAAUUAAUACAAUGGAUUAAAGAUCCAGUCAAUCAAGCCGUAUCAUUUGAUGAUGGUAUUUAUCUACAAACAGUAUUAGAAUCGAUACGUUCAUCAUCCGAUCUACGUGAAUGGAUUCGUAUACAUUUAUUUGAUUGAUGAACAAAUCGAUACAUUGGAUCAAUCGAUUUUACAGAGAAAAAACAAAGUUACACACACACACACACAUGCUUAUUAGAAUUUGACUUUAUUUUUUGAAGAAAAAUUCAAAAUGAAAACAUUUAAACAUUUGGACAUGAUAAAUGAAUACAUUUAACGACACAACAACAACGAA